AUGGUGGCGCCCGCGUCGGCGCGGUGCCGGAAUCGCGUUGUCACAGCCCCCAAAACCGCAGGAAAACGCCCCAAAACGGCUGUCCCCGUUGUCCCCAGUGUCCCCAUUGCUCCCAGUGUCCCUGUUGUUCCUGCUGCCCCCAUUGCCCCCAUUGCUCCCAGUGUCCCCAAUGUCCCUAUUGUCCCUGGUGUGCCCGGUGUCCCCAUCGCACCGGGUGUCCCCUUUGGCCCCAAUGUCCUCAUUGCUCCUGGUGAGGUCACCAAGCGCCACCAGCAGGAGGCGCCGCCGCGGCGGUGGCAGCGCCGGGUGCUGGGCCAGGGCCACCAGGCGCCGCAGGACCAGGGCCUCGUCCUCGGUCCCCAAGUGUCCCCUCCCCGGGGCCGCCACGCGCAGGGCGGCCACCAAGGGGGCGGCCUCGGCCCCCGCCAGCAGCCGCCACAGGGGGACCUUGAGGGACGGUGA